AUGUGGUUUUUUGACGCGCAGCGACAGAUGAACUAUCAGUUUGACGCACAAAAUCACCGGUACAUAUAUGCUGACGGCCUGAUCGUACCGCAGCCUGGUUAUUCAAAACCACCAGUUAUCCCACCCGCACAUCGAGGAUAUGAUCAACCGAUAUAUCCAAGUCGUGCACCUCCGCCUCCACCCCCAAAUAACUACCCAGACUUGCAAAGUAGCCAGCCUGUGAACCAAGGACAUUUCUUCCAAAGUGGUCAACCGCCAGGGAACUUCAGUCCACCUCCUCCACCACCACCUUCACCUCCACCGCCGGACUAUCAUCUAGAUAGGUCGAGUUAUAUGCCCGCGCUUUCGCGCCCACCCGAUUCAGGAUAUUUGUCAAUAAACCCUCGCUAUGUGCAGGCACUACCCAGCUUAUCAUAUGGUCAACUUGCAUACCCGCAGCAUCCGCCACCACCACCUCAUACCUACUCUGCGACAGGAGCAUACAGCAAUGGCGGAUCAGGUGAUGACCAAAACGACAGAAAUAGGCAUGGUAGAAAUCAUUUCGAGGACAACAAUCCUCCAGCAAAGGGUGAUCAGCCAAACGGUCGCGACCGUAUAGAUGACGGCGACGAAACUCAGGCAAUGCCGAGGUACUACAAGGUCCGGGAUGGCGGCUAA